AACAGAGGGGAGCACUGAGAACACUGCCCAGGCGGGGCGCGCAUCAUGCUCCCAACACUGGUACUGCUCAUCUUCUGCAGUUUCCUGCACUCUGCCGCUUUUGAAGGAAAUUAUUGGUCCCCCAUUCUUCUCCAAAAACAGAAAGAAUCUCUGCAAAUAAUUUUGAGCAAGGAUUCCUGUUCUACCUGGGGAGGAGGGCAUUUUUCAACCUUUGAUAAAUACCAGUAUGACUUCACUGGGACUUGCAACUACAUCUUUGCAACUGUAUGUGAUGAGACCAGUCCAGACUUCAACAUUCAGUUCCGUCGUGGGCUGGACAAAAAAAUUGCAAGGAUCAUUAUUGAGCUUGGACCUUCUGUUGUCAUUGUUGAGAAAGGCAGCAUUUCUGUCAGGAGUGUUGGUGUCAUUCAGUUGCCUUACACGAGCAAUGGAAUCCAGAUAGCGCCUUAUGGACGCAACAUCCGCCUGGUAGCCAAGCUGAUGGAGAUGGAACUGGUGGUCAUGUGGAACAAUGAUGACUACCUCAUGGUUUUGGCCGAAAAAAAAUACAUGGGGAAAACAUGUGGAAUGUGUGGGAACUACGAUGGUUAUGAAUUGAAUGAAUUUGUCCGUGAAGGUAAAUUGUUGGAUACAUAUAAAUUUGCUGCAUUACAAAAAAUGGAUGAUCCAUCAGAGAUCUGCCUGUCUGAGGAGAUACCAAUUUCUGCUGUUCCUCACAAAAAAUAUGCUGUGAUCUGCUCUCAGCUACUUAAUUUGGUGUCACCAACCUGCAGUGUGCCCAAGGAUAGGUUUGUCAUUCGUUGCCAGCUUGAUAUGCAGGACUGCAGUGAGCCAGGACAAAACCAUUGCACUUGCUCUACACUGUCAGAGUAUUCCAGGCAGUGUGCUAUGUCCCACCAAAUGGUGUUCAACUGGAGAACUGAAAACUUCUGCUCUGUGGGAAAAUGUUCUGCGAACCAAAUCUAUGAGGAAUGUGGUUCUCCGUGUAUUAAAACCUGUUCCAACCCAGAGUACAGCUGUUCCAGUCACUGUACCUAUGGCUGCUUUUGUCCAGAAGGAACUGUUCUUGAUGAUAUCUCAAAGAAUCGGACAUGUGUUCACAUUAGCCAGUGUCCAUGUACACUGAAUGGGAAAACAUAUGCUCCUGGUGAGACAAUGAAAGCAGCUUGUAGGACUUGUAAAUGUGUGAUGGGUCAGUGGAACUGCAAAGACUUGCCCUGCCCUGGAAGGUGUUCACUGGAAGGAGGCUCCUUUGUUACCACGUUUGAUUCGAGGCCAUAUCGAUUCCAUGGGGUUUGCACUUACAUUCUUAUGAAGAGUUCCAGCCUGCCACACAAUGGAACCCUAAUGGCUGUUUAUGAAAAGACUGGUUAUUCUCAUUCUGAGACCUCACUUAGUGCUAUAAUUUACCAAUCUGCAAAGGACAAAAUUGUGAUUUCUCAGAAUGAUCUCCUUACUGAUGAUGAUGAACUAAAGCGGCUGCCUUACAGAUCAGGAGACAUCACCGUUUUCAGACAGUCCUCCAUGUACGUUCAGAUGCAUACAAACUUUGGGCUGGAACUUGCAGUUCAAACAUCACCUGUGUUCCAGGCCUAUGUGAAAGUUGGAUCACAAUUCAAAGGCAGAACACUAGGUUUGUGUGGCAAUUACAAUGGAGACACUACAGAUGACUUCAUGACUAGCAUGGAUAUCACUGAAGGGACAGCCUCCCUGUUUGUAGAUUCCUGGAGGGCAGGAAAUUGCCAUCCUGCCUUAGAGAGAGAGACUGACCCUUGCGCUUUGAGCCAACUGAACAAAAUAUCUGCUGAGACUCAUUGCUCCAUUCUGACCAAGAAGGGUACAGUGUUUGAGAAAUGCCAUGCUGUGGUGAACCCUAUUCCUUUCUACAAGAGAUGUGUCUACCAAGCCUGUAAUUAUGAAGAGACCUUUCCUUAUAUUUGUUCUGCUCUGGGAUCAUAUGCACGAGCAUGCAGCUCCAUGGGUUUAGUCCUUGAGAACUGGAGGAGCAGUAUGGACAAUUGCACCAUUACUUGCACUGGCAAUCAAACAUUCAGCUACAACACUCAGGCAUGUGACAGGACAUGCCUGUCACUCUCCAACCGAGCCCUGGAAUGCCAUCCAACUGAUAUUCCUAUUGAAGGCUGCCAGUGUCCUAAAGGAAUGUACCUGAACCACAAGAAUGAGUGUGUUCGUAAAUCUCAUUGUCCUUGCUACUUAGAGGACAGAAAGUACAUCCUGCCUGACCAGUCAACAAUGACUGCUGGGAUCACCUGCUACUGUGUUAAUGGGAGGCUAAGUUGCACAGGGAAACCUCAAAAUCCUGCAGAAAACUGCAAAGCUCCUAAGAAAUACAUAUCAUGUUCUGACAAUUUAGAAAACAAGUAUGGAGCUGCAUGUGCCCCAACCUGUCAGAUGCUGGCUACUGGAAUUGAAUGCAUACCCACAAAGUGUGAAUCAGGCUGUGUCUGUGCUGAUGGCCUCUAUGAAAAUCUCGAUGGCAGGUGUGUGCCAGCUGAGGAGUGUCCAUGUGAAUAUGGUGGCCUUGCUUAUAGAAGAGGUGAACAAAUCCACACAGAAUGUGAGAUCUGCACUUGCACAAAAGGCAAAUGGAAAUGUGUUCAGAAAACAAGGUGUUCCUCCACCUGUAAUCUGUAUGGAGAAGGCCACAUCACCACCUUUGAUGGACAGCGUUUUGUGUUUGAUGGCAACUGUGAAUACAUAUUAGCUAUGGAUGGCUGCAGUGUUAACAGACCCGUUUCCUCUUUCAAAAUUGUUACUGAGAAUGUCAUCUGUGGGAAAUCAGGAGUUACGUGCUCCAGGUCCAUCAGCAUUUACCUGGGGAAUCUGACAAUCAUACUGAGAGAUGAAACCUUUGCUAUUUCUGGGGAAAAUCCUGGUAUAAGAUACAAAGUGAAAAAGAAUGCCCUUCACCUGAUGUUUGAUAUCAUUAUCCCAGGAAAAUACAACAUGACCCUUAUUUGGAAUAAGCACAUGAACUUCUUCAUCAAGAUCUCGAGAGAAACGCAGGAAACGAUCUGUGGUUUGUGUGGUAACUAUAAUGGCAACAUGAAGGACGACUUUGAAACUCGAAGCAAGUAUGUGGCAUCAAAUGAGCUGGAAUUUGUCAACUCCUGGAAAGAGAAUCCUCUCUGUGGGGAUGUGUACUUUGUAGUGGACCCCUGUAGCAAGAACCCUUAUCGUAAAGCAUGGGCAGAAAAGACAUGUUCCAUCAUCAACAGUCAUGUUUUUUCUGCCUGUCACAAUAAGGUGAAUCGGAUGCCCUACUACGAGGCCUGUGUCCGAGACUCCUGUGGGUGUGACAUUGGAGGGGACUGUCAGUGCAUGUGUGAUGCCAUCGCAGUCUAUGCCAUGGCAUGCUUGGAAAAAGGCAUCUGCAUUGACUGGAGGACCCCCGAGUUCUGUCCUGUCUAUUGUGAGUAUUACAAUUCUCAUAAAAGAAAAGGAAUUGAUGAUGCUUUUUCCCAUGGCUACAACGAUGACAAAUGCACCUGGCACUACAGGCCUUGUAACUGUCCAAAUCGAGACUACAAAUAUGUCAAUAUUGAAGGCUGUUACAACUGCUCUCAUGAUGAAUACUUUGACCAUGAAGAAGAAAGGUGCAUGCCAUGUGUGCAGCCUAAAGUAACAAGAAGCUCUACCACAAGCACACUUCCAACAGUACCUUCUACUUCUUCUGCAACAACUGUAUCACCUCAGACUACAAAUCCAACAAUAACUGCAAAAAUUACAGUUCCAAGAACUUCACCCUCACAACCUCUUGUCACAAUAAAGUCAACUACUGAACAUACAACAUCAAUUUUUACCACACCAAACAUGACUACAACCAUCACUACCCCUUCCAUAACUACCUCAGUGAAAAGAACCAUGGCCACUACACCGAAGUCUGUUCCCUCAUCACCCUCUGCCUCAUCAACCACUGCUUCAACUGAGACAGAACAAGUAGAGGUCACCUCACCACCCUUCAAGACCACCACCAAAAGGGAAACGGCAACCUCCUCAAUACCUACUCAAACCACAACUCAGAGAACAACUUUCAGCCAGCCUAAACUAACAACAGCAGAGAGUGAGGGAACCGAAGCAACCACUCUGCACUACCCAGAAGUUGUCACCCGCUUAAGAACAACAUUGAUACAGCCUGUGCAGCACCUCAUGACACAGACACAGACUACCCCUGCCACAUCCACCAGCAGCACCUCUGUCCCAAGAGAGACCAGCCCUGCCACCAGCCCAGAAGUUCCACUGACAAGGACAUUUCCAAGCUCCAGCUCUUUGCCUGUCACUUCAGCCUCAUCUACUUCUUCCUUCUCCUCAACCCAGCUGGGAACAUCAAAUCCUGCCUUUAGCCAUGGACAGUCAACUGUACCACACAUGGGGCCACCUGUGACCACACACAAGACCACAGCCAGCACCUCCAUCAGCACCACCUCCAAGACCUCUGUCUCCACAGAAGUGCCUCUGGAAACAGCCUCUCCACAUCCCAGCUCCGCACCUGCCCCCAGCAGCCCGCUCAGCACCCGGCUACCAUCCACUGCCACCCCUCCCACAGCCUCCUCCACAGCAGCUCCCAGCACCAGCCCCAGGCCCACACCCACAACCCUGAGGCCCAAGGCUGCUUCCCCAACAACCAGUGCUGCAAAGGAGUCUCCUGUCACAGAGUCCUCUACACCCACCACAGCCAAAACCAGCACGCUGCCAUCACCUGCCUCCUCUCCCUCCUCAACUGUGUCCUCAACAUGGCUCAGCUCCUCACAGCCAGCCUUUACCCACGAACUGUCAACAGGACCACACAUGGGGCCACCUGUGACCACGCACAAGACCACGGCCAGCACCUCCAUCAGCACAACCUCCAAGACUUCUGUCUCCACAGGGAGCACAUCACCAAGCAGCACUGAAGUGCCUCUGGAAUCUCCACAUCCCAGCUCUGCACCUGCCCCCAGCAGCCCGCUCAGCACCCGGCUGCCAUCCACUGCCACCACCCCUCCCACAGCCUCCUCCACAGCAGCUCCCAGUACCAGCCUCAGGCCCACACCCACAACCCUGAGGCCCAAGGCUGCUUCUCCAACAACCAGUGCUGCAAAGGAGUCUCCUGUCACAGAGUCCUCUACACCCACCACAGCCAAAACCAGCACGCUGCCAUCACCUGCUUCUUCUCCCACAUCAACUGUGUCCUCAACAUGGCUCAGCUCCUCACAGCCUGCAGCCUUUACCCACAAACUGUCAACUGUGACCACCCACAAGACCACGGCCGCCAUGUCCAUCAGCACCACCUCCAGGACCUCUGUCUCCACAGAAGCCAGCUCACCAAGCAGCACAGAAGCCCCUCUGGAAACAGCCUCUCCACAUCCCAGCUCUGCACCUGCCCCCAGCAGCCCGCUCAGCACCCGGCUGCCAUCCACCACCACCACUCCCACAGCCUCCUCCACAGCAGCUCCCAGAACCAGCCCCAGGCCCACACCCACAACCCUGAGUCCCAAGGCUGCUUCCCCAACAACCAGUGCUGCAAAGGAGUCUCCUGUCACAGAGUCCUCUGCACCCACCACAGCCAAAACCAGCACGCUGCCAUCACCUCCUUCUUCCCCUUCCUCAACUGUGUCCUCAACAUGGCUCAGCUCCUCACAGCCUGCCUUCACCCAUGAACAGUCAACUGUGCCACACAUGGGGCCACCUGUGACCACACACAAGACCACAGCCAGCACCUCCAUCAGCACCACCUCCAAGACCUCUGUCUCCACAGAAGCCCCUCUGGAAACAGCCUCUCCACAUCCCAGCUCUGCACCUGCCCCCAGCAGCCCGCUCAGCACCCGGCUGCCAUCCACUGCCACCCCUCCCACAGCCUCCUCCACAGCAGCUCCCAGCACCAGCCCCAGGCCCACACCCACAACCCUGAGGCCCAGGGCUGCUUCCCCAACAACCAGUGCUGCAAAGGAGUCUCCUGUCACAGAGUCCUCUACACCCACCACAGCCAAAACCAGCACGCUGCCAUCACCUCCUUCUUCCCCUUCCUCAACUGUGUCCUCAACAUGGCUCAGCUCCUCACAGCCUGCAGCCUUUACCCACAAACUGUCAACUGUGACCACCCACAAGACCACGGCCGCCAUGUCCAUCAGCACCACCUCCAGGACCUCUGUCUCCACAGAAGCCAGCUCACCAAGCAGCACAGAAGCCCCUCUGGAAACAGCCUCUCCACAUCCCAGCUCUGCACCUGCCCCCAGCAGCCCGCUCAGCACCAGGCUGCCAUCCACCACCACCACUCCCACAGCCUCCUCCACAGCAGCUCCCAGCACCAGCCCCAGGCCCACCCCUACAACCCUGAGGCCCAAGGCUGCUUCCCCAACAACCAGUGCUGCAAAGGAGUCUCCUGUCACAGAGUCCUCUGCACCCACCACAGCCAAAACCAGCACGCUGCCAUCACCUGCCUCCUCUCCCUCCUCAACUGUGUCCUCAACAUGGCUCAGCUCCUCACAGCCUGCCUUCACCCAUGAACAGUCAACUGUGCCACACAUGGGGCCACCUGUGACCACACACAAGACCACAGCCAGCACCUCCAUCAGCACCACCUCCAAGACCUCUGUCUCCACGGAAGUGCCUCUGGAAACAGCCUCUCCACAUCCCAGCUCUGCACCUGCCCCCAGCAGCCCGCUCAGCACCCGGCUGCCAUCCACUGCCACCCCUCCCACAGCCUCCUCCACAGCAGCUCCCAGCACCAGCCCCAGGCCCACACCCACAACCCUGAGGCCCAAGGCUGCUUCCCCAACAACCAGUGCUGCAAAGGAGUCUCCUGUCACAGAGUCCUCUGCACCCACCACAGCCAAAACCAGCACGCUGCCAUCACCUCCUUCUUCCCCUUCCUCAACUGUGUCCUCAACAUGGCUCAGCUCCUCACAGCCUGCCUUCACCCAUAAAGUAUUGACCAUGCCACAUGCUGUGACACCUGUGACCACAGAGAAGACCACAGCCAGCACCUCCAUCAGCACCACCUCCAAGACCUCUGUCUCCACAGAAGUGCCUCUGGAAACAGCCUCUCCACAUCCCAGCUCUGCACCUGCCCCCAGCAGCCCGCUCAGCACCCGGCUGCCAUCCACCACCACCCCUCCCACAGCCUCCUCCACAGCAGCUCCCAGCACCAGCCCCAGGCCCACACCCACAACCCUGAGUCCCAAGGCUGCUUCCCCAACAACCAGUGCUACAAAGGAGUCUCCUGUCACAGAGUCCUCUGCACCCACCACAGCCAAAACCAGCAUGCUGCCAUCACCUCCUUCUUCUCCCUCAUCAACUGUGUCCUCAACAUGGCUCAGCUCCUCACAGCCUGCAGCCUUUACCCACAAACUGUCAACUGUGACCACGCACAAGACCACGGCCGCCAUGUCCAUCAGCACCACCUCCAGGACCUCUGUCUCCACAGAAGCCAGCUCACCAAGCAGCACAGAAGCCCCUCUGGAAACAGCCUCUCCACAUCCCAGCUCUGCACCUGCCCCCAGCAGCCCGCUCAGCACCCGGCUGCCAUCCACCACCACCACUCCCACAGCCUCCUCCACAGCAGCUCCCAGCACCAGCCCCAGGCCCACACCCACAACCCUGAGGCCCAAGGCUGCUUCCCCAACAACCAGUGCUACAAAGGAGUCUCCUGUCACAGAGUCCUCUGCACCCACCACAGCCAAAACCAGCACGCUGCCAUCACCUGCUUCUUCUCCUUUUUCAACUGUGUCCUCAACAUGGCUCAGCUCCUCACAGCCUGGUAUGGCUCCUUCCUACCCAUCCUUUUUCUUCUUGCUCUUUCCAGCUCUCCUUUUUCUGUCACUUUACCGAUUCUCCCUACCUCCACUGUUUCUGUCAAAAACCACAUCCCAGUUCUGCAUUUGUGUGGCUGCUUACCUCUCCAUUACUUUGCAAGUGACCUACUUGGUUUCCCAUUUUAUUCUUGGGCUUGUGCACUGUCUCCGCAUUGGACAGAGCUAGUUAUUAUUCCCAACAGAUUUCCU